CUCUCACAGGGGAACAUGACGCAGGAACUAGUAUAAUGUAUAGUAGUUAGUUAGCUGUCAGACACCAAUAAAGUCAGUGGGAUUAUUUCAUACAAUUUUUUUGCAGACUUAAAAUAAAAUAUUUGGAGUUUUAUUCGAUGAAAUAUGAAAUAUUGACAAUAAAGUGGCAAGUAUUUUAAUCACUGACAAAAACAUAGGACGAUAUUAAAUCAUUUGGUAUGCUACGCAAAGCGAUUACCAAAAAAAAUCUUUCUUUCGCUGAAAACGAUGAACUUGUGACAAACGGCGUUAACAGACGACCUCAGUCUGAAUUGAAACGUAAAAUGAAACAUGAAAAUUCCAGUUCGCAUAAAAUACCAAAAAAAUUCGACGAUAUGUGUGACUAUGCUAUUGAAAUGAUUUUAUCCUACUUGGAAUUAGCAGAUUUGGCAAAUAUUUCCGAUGUCAGUAAACGCCUGCAAACUAUUGCUAAAUCAAUAUAUUCUCGAAAACACGCACAUCGUUUGAUAUGUAUUGAUGCUUUACAAUUUCAUUUGGAUACAGUCUCUAUAAGUUUUUUUUGUAAAAUCAAACCAAUAAUUAGAAUUAAUGAUGCAAAAGUGUGGUUUAAAUUGAUUCGUAAUUUCGGUGAAUCCAUCAAAUAUAUUUAUGUUCAUUCUGAUAAUUAUUCAAGUAGAUGGCAUGAAAGAAAUACACCGAGCUCCUACAAGUACGUUAUCGAAUACAUUUUAGAGUAUUGUGCAGAUUCAUUGGAAGUAUUAGAAUUUUUUGCAUUUCCAUUUUUGCCAUUAAAUAAGCCAUUAACAAAACUUAAAAAAUUCAUUGGACACACUAGAGAUGUGAGUUUUGAUGCAAUAGAAUACAUGCCGAAUCUCAACUAUCUGUUUUUAUCAUGUAUUCCAAUAACAUUAGAAAGAAAAUGUUUUCCACAUAUGGAUGAAUUCAGAACAACUUUGAAGAGUAGAAAAGAUGUUGAUUCAUUCAUUUCUUUUUUACAUAUGAAUCGUCAAAUCAAAAAAUUGUGGUUAGCAUUUCCAUCAGAUGAUUCCUUCGAUUUAAUUAUUCCAUCGUUGAAUGAAAUUUUACCAGAAUUGAAAACUUUGAAAAUACAAGCAAACUAUAAAUCAAAAAGAGAUCGAAUUCCAUUUUCUCGGUUCAAAACAAUUGAUACAUUUUCAUGUAGUGGUUCUUCACCUGAAAAAUUUUAUGGAUCAUUUGUGUUCAAUGAUUUCAAAAGAUUGUCUUUUAGCCCUAUUCAGGACAGCAGCGAUGUAUCUUGGAUGAACUUGACGUUACAUAUGAAAAAUUUGAAAAUACUAAAGAUACGUAGCAAAAUUUUUAUAAAAAAUUGUCAAAUUCUGCUCAGCGAAUUAUCUGAGUUGGAAUUAAUUAUAAUACAAUUUAGUACGCAACAUGAAAACAAUGUUUUGACCCAAAUUUUUGGCAACCAAUGGAAACAGAUACUAAUGGAAAGAAACGAACUUUAUUCUGGUGGUUCUUUUGGCGAUAUUUAUAAACUGAAAUUUCAACGCAAGAAAUAAGAAUGUUUGAAACGAAUUCUGUUUAUUUUUCACCAUUUUGCAUGUGUAAUUGUAUAUUUAUAUUCCUUUUUAUUAUCUAUUAUAAUUUCUACGGUGAUAAUUUCUCCCCUACAAAAAUAAAUAGAAAUUGUGGCCGCACACCUAUCUAUACUUAAAGUAAGAAUAAAAAACAUGAAGCAAAGACAUUGGAAUAAAAAAAAAAUGUAAAAUAAUUUUAUUACAAACGAAAAUACAGUAGCUGUGUGAAGGAGAUGCAUAGUCAAACAUUUUCAUUCACAA